UGUCAAUGUAUAAUCAAACGCAAUCAAUCAUCAACGUCAAAGAAGAAAAAAUUAGAAAAUAAAAUGGGUGCAGAGAUCGUGUUGUGUUAUUAAUACAAUUAUGACAAACUUUGAUAAAAAUAAUGCAAUUAAAUAGGGAUUACAGUGCGUGAUUUAUAUCGCGGUAUCUAUCAAAAUAUGUCCAAAGAACCUCAGUUGUUCAUAUCAGUUCCUCGUUCGUGUCUUAAAACUUUUUAUAAUAAAUAUCUCAACUUGGUGGAAACUUUUUACUAUGUUACGCUUUCUGAAAACAAAAGUGGGGACACGAGUGAGAAGCCCGAAUUUGUGUACUUCAACGUUGUAAUCAACUUGACUCCAACCGACAAUAGCUUCAAACCCAGAGACCUUAUUGACAGGAUACAGAAAUAUGUGGAGUCGUCGUUGGGCUGGGCUGGUGAACGCGGCGAGGAUUCGAGCUACGACUCGGAGUGCGAGGACGACGGCGGGCACCGCGCCGCCUCGCGCACUCCCUCCGACACGCUCGCGGCGGAGUUUGCGGAGUAUGUCACCCUCGCGCCGCCGCAGCCUAACCAGGCCAAAAUAGAGUUCGCAGUGAAGCUGGGUUACUCUGAGCGACUAGCCAGGACCGCGCUACAGCGGCUGGGGCCCGACCCCCCCCGCAACGAGUUGUUGGCCGAGCUCAUCAACCUCGCAUCCAAGAGACCUCCGCGCUUGCCCUCCCCCCCGCCGCCCAUCGAGCCGGAGCUCCUCCCGGACCGCGCUCCGCUGAGACACAUCGUUAUAGAUGGCAGCAAUGUUGCUAUGAGCCACGGAAAUAAGGAGGUGUUUUCAUGCAGGGGUAUCGAAAUAUGCGUGGACUGGUUCCGGGCAAGGGGCCACAAGGAAAUAACGGUGUUCGUGCCGAAAUGGCGGAAGGAAGCCUCCCGUCCCGACAACCCAGUGGCCGACCGCGACGCUCUCGAGCGACUGGAAAGAAAUCGCGUACUCGUUUACACUCCUAGCCGCCUUUUGGGGGGAAAACGACUCAUUUGCUACGACGACAGGUACAUCGUACGACUCGCGGCCGAGACUGACGGAAUCGUCGUCUCCAACGACAACUACAGGGAUCUUGCUGCGGAGAGUCCUGAAUUCCGAAAGGUAGUCGAGGAGCGGCUGUUGAUGUUCUCAUUUGUCAACGACAGAUUCAUGCCUCCGGACGAUCCGCUCGGCAGAUCGGGGCCAACUUUGGACGCGUUUCUCCGCGCGCCGCCGUCCCGCAGCGAUCCGCCGCCCGCCUGCCCCUACGGCCGCAAGUGCACGUACGGCAACAAAUGUAAGUUCCACCACCCGGAGCGAGCGGGGCGGCCGCACAAAUCGGUCGCAGAGAAACUGUCGGAGCGCGCUGCGCGUAAAGCGCGCGAUUUGCACACGUUGAGUCUCCCUCCGGGCGGAAGGCCCGUCGAUACCAAGAAACCUCUAGCGCGAGCUCACUCCGCGACGCCGCGGCUGGCGGACAUGAGUCUCGUGUCACAUUUCGAUCGCGCGCAAAUUCCUGGACCGUCGCAACCUCCGCCGGAUCCGAAUCCGCAUCGAAAACUUGCCCGACAACUCACUUUGAACCCGAACUGUGACCCGCGGCUUCAUUCUGCAGCCGCUCGCGUGUCGUCCGCGCCGGUCGGUGCGGCGGCCGCCAUAGCUCCUCGUAUGACGGGAAUUUCCCUCUCGCCUUGCGCUUCCGAAGGAGCGCUGCAGCAUUGGGAAGCGAGGCGACGGAUGCAUUUCCACUUGGCGGGAAUAUUCCCCGAAGCGCAAGUCACAGAAGCGAUGGCCACGUACCCGGACGAGACGGACCCGCAAAAGAUGUGCGCCAUCCUUCUAGACCGAUACAGACCGAGCGAGUCCACUUUGCCGCGGCCGGCGCAUUGAUGUCGGUAACUUAUGAAUGAACGAGAAAUAUCGAUUGUGAAUGACAAAUAAUUACAAUCUAAUUUCUCUCGUGUAAAUAGCUUGUUGAUCUUUGAAUUAUUCCCAAUUUCCCACAAGAAAUUGCUGUUUUACAUUCAUUGGAUCAAUGCAUUAUGUAGAGUGAUGAACGGCGGUAUUGUUGUAAUGGCUGCCUUUCUAUCUAAUUGAGAAUAACGUAUACGGCAUUUGACGUUUCUACUCCCAUAAGAUAGCCUUUUAGACAUCUUAUCUUAUAUAUUCAUAUCUUCUAUUAAAACUUUAAAUAUUCUAAAUGUAGAUAAAAUAAGUGUCACAUAGACAAUGACACACCUGAGAUAAACUUAUGCUAUAGCAUUAGCUGCUAUAAUAUUGUAAACUUAUGGUCUUCUAAAUACUUCUUAAUUUUGUUUAGAAGUGUGUUAAGAAAUCCAUGUGCGUAUUUUAUCCUGUGCCAACCGCGUUCAUGACCAACAUUACUUCAACAGCCAGUAAAGGCAUUUAAACUUUGUACAUUCACACGUAUUGUUCGUCGUACGCUUCUGAGAAGCGCGCGUCUUAUUUAAUUAUUAUUAUUGUUAUUUAAGUUUAGAUAUAAGGAUGUACAAAUACUACUGAAUUCUCACAAACAACAACACUACAUCAAUUAAUUUACAACAUUAAAUAUACAUUUUUUGUUACUUGCACAUCAUAAAAUAUGUAAUGACUAAAUUUUAUUAAUAAAUACAUUAUAAUUUGCAAUAAAAUUAUAGUUUUGUUCAAUUAAUCACACUCACAUACUAAAGUAAUAGAUAAUAUCUAAGCUUAUAGGUGUUAUUCAAUCAUCGCUUUGAAGGCAAAUGUCAUCAGAUAUUUCGCAUUACACAUAUAAAGCUCCUUAUUCGAGGGGGAUACAUGCCUAAAAUUCCGCAAAUAAGGAAUGGUAAUUUGUAUGGGAUUGUAGAAGAUUGUUGUUCUUUGUUGUAAAUGAUGAUUUAGCCGACAUAAAGAAACUGCUAUACAGUGACAUAGUGGUCGUAAAGUUUGUUUCACUUUUUGUAAAAGUUGGCCGGGGUAUUCAAAUAUGCCUCUGCUUUUAAAUAAAAGAUACCAAAUGAUUGUAACAUCCACUUGAUACGCAAAUAAGGGAUUUUGAUACAGGAACCGCGAAUAAGCAGCUUUGACUAUAAUUAUUUAUUCCCUAAAGUAAUCGUACAUGUAUUUGCUAACCUAUAAAAAUCCAUACAAAACUCCUUUUAUGUGAAAUAAUAUAAGUAUAUUCAAUUCAUCUAUUGCAAGGUAAUAUUGUGUACAUUUUGUGAUGGUAUAAAUUAUAUUUGGUACUAUGUAUCAAGUAAAAUGUUAAGUAGCAUAGUUUUAUUAAUGUAAUUCUUUAUGUAGGUCUUAAGUGAACAAUAUAUUUUAUAGACUGACCAGAAAAACAUAGAACCUGUAUUGGGGAUCCACCAGGACUUUUUAGCAGUCUGCGAUUAGCAUGCUAGUUAGAAAUUAGAGAAUCAAAUGGGUUAGAACUCAGAGCCAUAAAGCCAGUUUAUAAAAAAUAAAUUGUUUUUUUUUUCGCAAUAAGGUGUUUAAUUUUUCUGGUCAGGCUAUUCAUUAGUCAGUAUAAGACAUAUUAAUCACGGAAUGUAUGUGAUUAAAUUAUAGGCUACAUCCCAAAUGUUCUACAAUGUUUCGCUUUUAAGCAUACCAUAUAGAUGAGUUCUCUCGCGUGGUACAGGGGUGCGGGGGUUUAAAGGGACAUAGAAGGAUGGAAGAGGGGCAGCAAACUCAUUUUUCAUUCAUUCAUUCGUUCGUUCAUCAAUAGGCAAGCGAAUAUCUGCUUGACUCUGCGCCACGAAUGAAGUCCUCGCGGCUAAAACCUGAACUAAAAUUGACAACGCCUUACACAAAUGGCAAUAAGACCGCCAUUACCAGAUGACAAUGAGCGCCAUUAAGACAUUAGCGCCGAGUCUACGGGACUUGUUUCGUGGCGCGGAGUAUACUUUCCACUUUUCGUGCUCCCUUCUGGUCACAUCCCAUGACUUAUGCAGUUUGCGUAAAGAAAGGAAGUAAAUAGAGUAAUAAUGGUCAUAUCUGUUAAGUUCAUUUAAGAUACCCUGACGGCCAGAUAUUGAAAUAGUAAUUAUACUAUCGUAUUGUUAAUAUACUGUUAUAUUGUACACCAUUUGUUGUUUGAUUUUUUAUUAAAUUGAACUGUUAAAAAACUUAAAUGCAAUGCAUCAAAUGUAAGAUAAAUAUUAUCUACUUGUAUCUUUUGUGCUAUACCCCGUUUAAUUAUAAUGGAGUGUAGUACAUUAUUUUAGGUUGUUAUUUGAUAAUCAAAUAUGUAAUUAAUUUUAGGUUUACAAUUAUAAAUACUAACAUUCAACUGACAAUUAGUAUUUAGUAAUAUUUCCAAUAAGGAAUUUAAGAUUUUGUCUAUGUUGACAGUAUAGCAAUGCAUAGCUGUAAGAAUAAAGUAUCUCAUUAGAA